AUGCUCCGGACAAGGCUAGAGGCUCUGGUGCUCCUGGGAGCUCUGCUGACGGGACCUCUGGAUCAAGCAGGUGGUCAGAACGCCCUCUCCCUGCCCUGGGAAGUACAGCGCUACGACGGCUGGUUCAACAACCUGAGAUACCACCAGAGAGGCUCUGCAGGCUCCCGGCUGCAGCGUCUGCUUCCAGCCAAUUAUGCCGACGGCGUGUACCAGGCUCUGGGGGAGCCGCUGCUCCCCAACCCACGUGGGCUCAGCAACGCCGUGGCUAAGGGGCAGGCCGGAAAGGCAUCGCAACGCAAUCGCACGGUGCUGGGGGUCUUCUUUGGCUAUCACUUGCUCUCAGACCUGGUGAGUGUGGACAGACCUGGCUGCCCUGCUGAGUUCCUCAACAUCCGCAUCCCGCCCGGAGACCCCGUGUUCGAUCCCAACAAGCGCGGGGACGUGGUGCUGCCUUUCCAGAGGAGCCGCUGGGACCCUGAGACCGGACAGAGCCCCAGCCACCCCCGGGACCUGAUCAACGAGGUGACCGGCUGGCUGGACGGCAGCUCCAUCUAUGGCUCCUCACACUCCUGGAGUGACGCGCUGCGGAGCUUCUCUGGGGGACAGUUGGCGUCUGGGCGGGACCCCGCCUUCCCUCAGGACGCACAGGAACCCAAAAUGAUGUGGAAUGCUCCCGACCCCGCCACGGGCCAGCGCGGUCCCCAGGGGCUGUAUGCCUUCGGAGCGGAGCAAGGAAACCGUGAGCCCUUCCUGCAGGCGCUGGGGCUGCUGUGGUUCCGCUACCACAACGUGUGGGCGCAGAGGCUGGCCAAGGAGCACCCGCACUGGGGGGACGAGGAGCUGUUCCAGCACGCGCGCAAGAGGGUCAUCGCCACCUACCAGAACAUAGCUCUGUAUGAGUGGCUGCCCAGUUUCUUGGACAAAACACCCCCUGAGUAUAAAGGAUACAACUCUUUCCAGGACCCCAGCAUCUCCCCAGAGUUCCUGGCAGCCUCUGAGCAAUUCUUCUCCACUAUGGUGCCCCCAGGAGUCUACAUGAGAAAUGCCAGCUGUCAUUUUCAGAAAAUCCUGAUCAAGGAUCUUGACAGUUCACCAGCUCUCAGGGUCUGCAACAGCUUCUGGAGUCGAGAGAACCCCAAUCUAAACAGUGCCAUGGCAGUGAAUCAUCUGCUGCUGGGAAUGGCUUCCCAGAUUUCGGAACUCGAAGAUAGGAUAGUGGUUGAAGAUCUGAGAGAUUUCUGGCCUGGCCCUGGCAAGUACUCCCGCACAGACUACGUGGCCAGCAGCAUCCAGCGUGGCCGAGAUAUGGGACUACCCAGCUAUAACCAGGCCCUGAUGGCCUUGGGCUUAACGACCCCACAGAACUGGAGUAACUUCAAUCCCAAUGUGGAGCCUCAGGUGCUGGAGGCCACAGCUGACCUGUACAACCAGGACCUGUCCAGGCUGGAGCUGCUCCCUGGGGGGCUCCUGGAAAGCCACGGCAACCCAGGACCCCUCUUCACAGCCAUUGUCCUCGACCAGUUUGUUCGACUGCGGGAUGGUGACCGCUACUGGUUUGAGAACACAGGGAAUGGGCUGUUUUCUAAUGAGGAGAUUGCAGAAAUCAGAAAUACCACACUGCGGGAUGUGCUGGUGGCUGUCACCAAUGUGGAUCCUAGUGCCUUGCAGCCCAAUGUGUUUGUCUGGCAAAAAGGUGAACCAUGCCCUCAACCAGAGCAGCUCACAGCCGAAGGUCUGCCCCACUGUGUGUCCAUGACGGUGUUGGACUACUUUGAGGGUAGUGGUCCUGGUUUUGGCAUCACCAUUGUGGUUCUCUGUUUACUUCCACUAGUGAGUCUGCUCAUCUCUGGGGUGGUGGCCCAUUUCCGGAACCGAGAGCGCAAGAAGCUACAAAAGAGAACCAAAGAAAGUGUGAAGAAGCAAGGAGCCAAAGAUGGGAUGCCAGCAAUGGAGUGGCCAGGUCCCAAGGAGAAGAGUUAUCCCAUCAUCAUCCAGCUGCUUCCAGAGAGGUGUCUGCAAGUCCUGGACAGGCGACUCUCUGUGCUCCGAACUAUCCUACUGCGGCCCCAGCAGCAAGUCAACCUCAUCCUGUCCAACAACCAGGGGUGUCGAACCCUGCUGCUCAAGAUCCCCAAGGAGUAUGACCUGGUGCUGCAGUUUAACUUUGAGGAGGAGCGGGCCACCUUUGUGCAGUGUCUGAAGGACUUCUGUGUGCGCUGGGGCCUUGACUUCAAUGUGUCGGCAAUGAAUGAGAAGGAGCUGUUCAAGAAGGCCGUGACCAAGCAGCAGCGGGCUCAAAUCCUUGAGAUCUUCUUCAGACACCUUUUUGCCCAGGUACUAGACAUUGACCAGACAGAUGCAGGGACUUUGCCCCUGGACUCCUCACAGAAGGUUCGAGAGGCCCUGACGUGUGAGCUGAGCAGAGCUGAGUUUGCUGAGUCUCUUGGCCUCAAGCCACAGGACAUGUUUGUGGAGUCCAUGUUCUCUCUGGCCGACAAGGAUGGCAACGGCUACCUGUCCUUCCGGGAGUUCCUGGACAUCCUGGUGGUCUUCAUGAAAGGGACGCCAGAAGAUAAGUCUCGCUUGAUGUUUACCAUGUACGACCUUGAUGAGAAUGGCUUCCUCUCCAAGGAUGAAUUCUUCACCAUGAUGAGGUCCUUCAUCGAGAUCUAUAACAACUGUCUGACUAAGGACCAGCUGGCCGAGGUGGUGGAGUCCAUGUUCCGGGAGUCAGGCUUCCAGGACAAGGAGGAGCUGACAUGGGAGGACUUCCACUUCAUGCUGCGGGACCACGACAGCGAGCUCCGCUUCACACAGCUCUGCGUCAAAGGUGGAGGUGGAGGUGUUAAAGACGUUUUUAAACAAAAAAUUAGUCGAGUCUCAUUCAUCACCCGGACUCCUCAGAAACGCUCCUGCAUCAAUGGACCAGAGCUCCCUACCUCAGAAGCUCCAGAGCUGGGAGGCCCUGGGCUGAAGAAGAGGUUUGGCAAAAAGGCAGCGACGCCUUCUGCUCGACUGUACACGGAAGCGCUGCAGGAGAAGACGCAGCGGGGCUUCCUGGCCCAGAAGCUGCUGCAGUACAAGCGCUUCGUGGAGAACUACCGGCGGCACAUGGUGUGCGUCAUCGUCUUCUCAGCCAUCUGCGCAGGCCUGUUUGCGGAGCGAGCUUACUAUUACUCCUUUACCUCGCCGUCCUCAGGCAUUUCACAGACGACUUUUGUGGGCAUCAUCCUGUCUCGGGGCACGGCGGCCAGCGUCUCCUUCAUGUUCUCUUACAUCCUACUCACCAUGUGCCGUAACCUCAUCACCUUCCUGCGGGAGACCUUCCUCAACCGCUACAUCCCCUUCGAUGCCGCCGUGGACUUCCACCGCUGGAUUGCCAUGGCUGCUGUUAUCUUGGCCAUUUUACACAGUGCUGGCCACGUAGUCAACGUCUACAUCUUCUCCGUCAGUCCUCUUAGCCUGCUGUCCUGCAUCUUUCCCAGCGUUUUUAUCAAUGAUGGGUCCCAGCUUCCCCAGAAGUUCUACUGGUGGUUCUUCCAGACAGUCCCAGGUUUGACAGGGGUGUUCCUGCUUGUGGUGCUGGCCAUCAUGUAUGUGUUCGCCUCCCACCACUUCCGCCGCCGCAGCUUCCGGGGCUUCUGGCUGACCCACCACCUCUACAUCCUGCUCUACAUCCUGCUCAUCAUCCAUGGCAGCUUCGCCCUGAUUCAGACGCCCCGUUUCCAUCUCUUCUUCCUCGCCCCGGCACUCAUCUAUGGGGCAGACAAGCUGAUGAGCCUGAGCCGGAAGAAGGUGGAGAUCAGUGUGAUGAAGGCCGAGCUUCUGCCUUCAGGUGUGACUCACCUACAGUUCCAGAGGCCCCAAAGUUUUGAGUACAAGUCAGGGCAGUGGGUGCGGAUCGCUUGCCUGGCCCUGGGGACCACCGAGUACCACCCCUUUACACUCACCUCUGCACCCCAUGAGGACACGCUCAGCCUGCACAUCCGAGCAGCAGGGCCCUGGACCAUUCGUCUCAGGGAGAUCUACGCAUCCCCGACUGGUGAUGACAGAGCCAGAUACCCAAAGCUGUACCUCGAUGGACCAUUUGGAGAGGGCCACCAGGAGUGGCAUCAGUUUGAGGUGUCAGUGCUGGUGGGAGGGGGCAUCGGUGUCACCCCCUUUGCCUCCAUCCUCAAAGACCUGGUCUUCAAGUCAUCCUUGGGCAGCCAAAUGCUCUGUAAAAAGAUCUACUUCAUCUGGGUGACACGGACCCAGCGGCAGUUCGAGUGGCUGGCUGACAUCAUCCGGGAGGUGGAGGAGAAUGAUCGGCAGGACCUGGUGUCAGUGCACAUCUACAUCACCCAGCUGGCAGAGAAGUUCGACCUCAGGACCACCAUGCUGUACAUCUGUGAGCGGCACUUCCAAAAGGUGCUGAACCGCAGUCUGUUCACGGGUCUGCGCUCUAUCACCCACUUUGGCCGUCCCCCCUUUGAGCUCUUCUUCAACUCCCUGCAAGAGGUCCACCCCCAGGUGCGAAAGAUUGGGGUGUUCAGCUGUGGCCCUCCAGGAAUGACCAAGAACGUUGAAAAGGCCUGUCAGCUCCUCAACCAGCAGGACCGGGCCCAUUUCAUGCACCACUAUGAGAACUUCUGA